AUGGCUAGACCCCUCAUGAGCCCUCUGCUGCUUGAGAACACUUCAACCCCUGCCAAACCAGCUGGUCAGGUCUGCAAAGGGCUCUCUGAUGGCAAAGCAAGCGAAAAAUGGGCGGCAGAUACAUCAGCAGUCCCUUGGUCAACCCCCAAGAAGAGGGAUGAGCUUCAGGAUCAGUUCAGCCUGUUCAGCAAGCUGGAUAACGAUGAGCAUACGCAACGCCUGCUUUUUCGGAAGGUUCAGAAGGGCUUUGAUGAGAAGGCAUACCAACUGGCAGUAGCCCAGCGAAAGAUUGAGGCACUACAAGCAGAGGUUGAUGCCAGUAGGGCCAGGAAACGCAAGAAGGUCAAAAUGAGCCCAAAUUCGAAGUUUGCUGAUAUAGAGGCUAUUCGGAGGGCUCAAAUCGAGGCGGGAGAACUUGAAAAUAGUAUAAAUGAAUCCAGCGAGUCUGAAAACCCUAGUGAUAGCGAAAGUUGUAUUGUAGUUGCAUCAGAAUAG